AUGGCAAAAGAGGCACAGAAAGAGAGAAGCGGUGUUUCUACUUCCACAGAAACUAAUAAAUAUGCAUCUCAUGAAGUUCCAGUUAGUUCAGAUGCGCAGGAGGGACUAGGAAUGGUUACUGUUGAAGUCACCUCGCCUUCUCUACCUGAUGUUCCUGUUAAUCAAAUGGCACAAGAGACACAGGAAGAGAGUAAUGAUGCUUUUACGUCCAAAGAAACUAAUACAGAUGUAUCUCAUGAAGUUCCAGUUAGUUCAGAUGCACAGGAGGGACUAGAGAUGGUUACUGUUGAAGUCACCUCGCCUUCUCUACCUGAUGUUCCUGUUAAUCCAAUGGCACAAGAGACACAGGAAGAGAAUCAUGAUGCUUCUACUUCCACAAAAACUAAUAGAGAUGCAUCUCAUGAAGUUCCAGUUAGUUCAGAUGCACAGGAGGGACUAGAGAUGGUUACUGUUGAAGUCAGAUCGCCUUCUCUACCUGAUGUUCCUGUUAAUCCAAUGGCACAAGAGACACAGGAAGAGAAUCAUGAUGCUUCUACUUCCACAGAAACUAAUACAGAUGUAUCUCAUGAAGUUCCAGUUAGUUCAGAUGCACAGGAGGGACUAGGAAUGGUUACUGUUGAAGUCAUCUCGCCUUCUCUACCUGAUGUUCCUGUUAAUCCAAUGGCACAAGAGACACAGGAAGAGAAUCAUGAUGCUUCUACUUCCAUAGAAACUAAUACAGAUGUAUCUCAUGAAGUUCCAGUUAGUUCAGAUGCACAGGAGGGACUAGGAAUGGUUACUGUUGAAGUCAGAUCGCCUUCUCUACCUGAUGUUCCUGUUAAUCCAAUGGCACAAGAGACACAGGAAGAGAAUCAUGAUGCUUCUACUUCCACAAAAACUAAUAGAGAUGCAUCUCAUGAAGUUCCAGUUAGUUCAGAUGCACAGGAGGGACUAGGAAUGGUUACUGUUGAAGUCAGAUCGCCUUCUCUACCUGAUGUUCCUGUUAAUCCAAUGGCACAAGAGACACAGGAAGAGAAUCAUGAUGCUUCUACUUCCACAGAAACUAAUACAGAUGUAUCUCAUGAAGUUCCAGUUAGUUCAGAUGCACAGGAGGGACUAGGAAUGGUUACUGUUGAAGUCACCUCGCCUUUUCUACCUGAUGUUCCUGUUAAUACAAUGGCACAAGAGACACAGGAAGAGAAUCACGAUGCUUCUACGUCCACAGAAACUAAUACAGAUGCAUCUCAUGAAGUUCCAGUUAGUUCAGAUGCACAGGAGGGACUAGAGAUGGUUACUGUUGAAGUCAGAUCGCCUUCUCUACCUGAUGUUCCUGUUAAUCCAAUGGCACAAGAGACACAGGAAGAGAAUAGAGCUUCUACCUUUCCCACAGAGACUACACUACAUGCAUGGAGUCUCAGUGACAAGCUAUCACAGUUAAGUCAUCGAAAUGCACAGCGACGGAUGGGAACCUAG